CGCGACUGCAGGCGGUCGUUUGUGUAGUGACGAGUGGAAAAUGUGUUACAGUGACCAACCUCCGCGCCAAUAGCGCAUUCUGAGCUCAACUCUACUUCACACAAACCGGUGCACAUACCUACAUAACUACAUUAUAAUCACAGAUCACGCAAACUGCGGCGGCGACGGCGCGACAGCGUGUGGCGGCACGGAUGGCGCCAGCACUGCUCGUCGCGCUGCUCGCCGCGCUGCUAUCGCCCUCUACACAAAAAAGUGGCGUGGAUUGGGAAACGGUGACGUCCAGCUUCGGCGAAGGUCAAUUGCGGAUAGGAGAGCCGAGUGAAGCUGAAGCAGCAGCAGCGGAGGCCGCUCUAGCAGCAGAAAAUGCGCCCGCGUGGCGUGAGCUGUGGCAAGCUUCGCUGGAAGCCCUGAGGCGUGAGCCUGAGCUAAAUGCUACAGCCGAAACAGUACGCGCACAACUUGGCUCCGUAGCUUUUUUGCACUGCCCGGUGCGACACCUCGCCGAACGACAAGUGUCUUGGGUGCGCCGACGUGACUGGCACAUCAUUAGCUCCGGUGCCUUUGUGUACACCAACGACGAGCGCUUUCAGGUGCUGCAUCGCGAAGGUUCCGAGGACUGGGUGCUGCAGAUCAAAUACGUACAAAAGCGGGACAAUGGCACGUAUGAGUGCCAAGUUUCAUCCAGCAGCGGUGCACUGUCGCGGCAGGUGCAUCUUCAAGUUGUGGUUCCCGAGGCACUGAUUUUGGGAGCGGAGGAGCUGCAUGUAGAUGCAGGUUCGGCAGUGCGGCUUGUUUGCCUCAUCGAAAACAGCCCCGAGCCGCCGCAGUAUGUGUUUUGGUACCACAAUGCAAGAAUGAUUAACUAUGACGCCGCGCGUGGCGUAUCUGUACAAACGGCCGCAGCAACGCGGGGUGCGCGUACGCAAUCAGCGCUCAGUGUUCACCGCGCGCGUCCCGAUCACUCUGGCAAUUACUCCUGUCGGGCGCCCAAUGCCGAGCCAGCUCACAUCUACCUCUACGUCUCCGAAGGCAGUGACAAGAUGGCAGCGACACUCUCUCGCAGUGCGGCAGAUACUAAUUACAGCGAAUCCACGCUUGCCGUACUAUUGUGCGUCGCAGUUACUGCAGUGCUCGGUUGCCCGAAAAGACUUCACCUUGCUAGUGAAAGUGUUGGAAGUCUAUCGUUAACGUACUAAUUAUUAUUACUUAGAUUAUAAACAAAAUUCUAUUAGAAAGAAGAUUCGAUAGAAUCGAUGAUGAACUUUUUAAAGUUUUAAUACUAUAUGUAAUUAUUGCUCAAAGUUAAUUUUUGUUAGUAUUUUAACAAAGUAGGUUAAACAAACUUGUAUAUUUCAUUUAAUGUAGUGACGAUCUCGUAGUUCUUCAAAGUUUAAUUUAAUUCUCACAGAUUCAUCCGCAUGGAAGGAUGACAAAAUUCUCCUUUAAGUCAUUUCUAAUUCUAAAAUCUUAACACCAAAAUGUAUCAAUAUCGGUUUAGCGGUAAAUAUCAGGUAAAUAACUUUUAUGAUGAUUACAUGUAUACAUAUAUCAAAAUAUCUAUAUUGUGCAUGAAUAUAUAUGAUAAAACCUAUAGUUUUCAAUCUCUCAUAAUCCAUCCAACUGCUUAAAAUUUCUAAGAACUAUAUUAUGUACUGGAUGAUUUGUUCUUAUUGACAUUUGAAAUUGUUUAAGUACUCCUAACGAGUGCCUACAAAUAGUAAACUUUAGAUCAACCUACUCGAAAAAUGUGAAAAACACAAUAUCAGGCAUUUUUAUUUUGGUCGAUUUUCAAAUGAAAAUGACUUGCAUAACACUAGGUUCAUUGUUUACCUGUAUUUGAUCUCUACAAUAAUUUUACUUUAUUCUCAGCACAAGUUUCAGUUGUCAAGAACAGUCGUACGACCUUGCAAAUUGUUAUAUUACCUGAGAUUUACGAAAAAUAUUUAAAUAAUUCUGUUAUCUUGGCAAUGCCAUGAAUUAGGGACUUAAUAUUAUCAUAUUGAAAGGUACAAAUGUUUUCUUAAAUUUUUAUUAUAUUGUUAUUUCAACUGUACAUAAAAUGAAAAUUCUGUAAUAUAAGCGUAAAAGUCUGAGUUAUAAAAUAUAUCUGUAAUAUAUCUGGUCUAUUAAAUACUAGUAAAUGUUUUCACCUUCUCGCCAAAACAACGUCUAAAUAAAUAAAUUUUGAUUUUG